AUGAUUGAGGUAUUUUUAAAUUGUUCUGCGUCAAUACCUCACGAGGCAAAAACAAUCAUCGUUGGACAGCUACCAAAGGAUGAACCAGUGGCAGGGUUUCAUCUUGUAAUAUUAUACGGACAUCUAGGGCCUGUAGGAACAUGCAUGUUUUGUUAUGAUUGGCCAUUGACAUUAGUGUUGUUCAAACCGAAGCCUAACAAAAUGGUGUAUGUGCUUUCAUCAUACAACAAAGUAGCAUGGUUCAAAUUUCAGAAAAGAAAGUUGUGCUUUUGGCCCCACAAAAAUAAGAAUGACAAGUCAAUGUGCGACAACUGCAAAAAUCCCAUUUGUGGAGAGCAUAAGUCAAGCGCCUGUCCUUAG